AUGGACCAGAUCUUACAAGUCUUGUGCUGUGCUAAGAAGCUCAGAUGUGGGAUCAUGCUGAGACUGCAGACAUUUGAGCAGAUUGAAUGUGAUCCAUUCAUGAGGCAGGAAAUACAAAUUAGUUGCAGCUACAAAGAGCUUGCAAUGCUGGCUAGAAUGUUGAAGAUGGGUCAUGGGAAGCCCCAGGAUGGUGGUGCCAUUCAUGGAACUACAGAACACAGGGGGAGAAGCAGAUUGUUGGUGGUGGUAGGGGUGGAGGAGAUGUUGAGUUCAGCUUUGGACUUGAAAGUUUCAGAUGCUGGCAACAAGAUGUCUGGAGGAAAUAGCCAGCUGGCAAUUGUAUCUCCCAGGCUCCUGCACAGCUUGGCCGACGGCGCGCACGGUCUAGCCGACGCGCCCCUCGGCCUCCCCGGGCUGGCGGCGCCGCCGGGCCUGGAGGAUCUGCAGGCCAUGGAUGAGCCAGGAAUGAGUCUUCUGGACCAGUCCGUGAUCAAGAAAGUCCCCAUCCCUUCCAAAGCCAGCAGCCUCUCAGCCCUCUCACUGGCCAAAGACAGCCUGGUUGGCGGCAUCACAAACCCCAGUGAGGUCUUCUGCUCCGUGCCAGGCCGGCUCUCACUGCUCAGCUCAACAUCCAAGUACAAGGUGACAGUGGGGGAGGUCCAGCGGCGACUCUCGCCUCCUGAGUGCCUCAAUGCCUCGCUCCUGGGAGGUGUCCUUCGCAGGGCCAAGUCCAAGAAUGGGGGCCGGUGCCUGCGGGAACGGCUGGAGAAAAUUGGGCUAAACUUGCCAGCUGGCCGUCGCAAGGCGGCCAACGUAACACUGCUGACUUCGCUGGUGGAGGGAGAGGCCAUACACCUAGCCCGAGACUUUGGCUACGUCUGUGAGACCGAGUUCCCGGCCAAGGCAGCUGCUGAGUACCUGUGCCGACAGCACGCUGACCCCGGGGAACUGCACAGCCGCAAGAACAUGCUUCUGGCCGCAAAGCAGAUCUGCAAGGAGUUUGCGGACUUGAUGGCUCAGGACCGCUCACCACUGGGCAACAGCCGCCCAGCCCUCAUCCUGGAGCCAGGAGUGCAGAGCUGCCUGACACACUUUAGCCUCAUCACCCAUGGCUUCGGUGGGCCAGCCAUCUGUGCUGCCCUCACUGCCUUCCAGAACUACUUGCUGGAGUCACUCAAGGGGCUGGACAAGAUGUUUCUAAGCAGUGCAGGCAGUGGGCAUGGUGAUACCAAGGCUUCGGAGAAGGAUGCCAAGCAUCAUAAAUAA